CUCUCUUUCUUCCCCCAAUUCAAUUCACCAGCAAAGAAGAAUGACAGGGGAGGCUGUGAACCCUAAGGCGUACCCGCUGGCGGAUGCGCAGCUGACUAUAACUAUACUGGACCUGGUUCAGCAGGCUGCUAACUACAAGCAGCUCAAGAAGGGCGCUAACGAAGCAACCAAGACAUUGAACAGGGGUAUCUCUGAGUUUGUUGUGAUGGCAGCCGACACUGAGCCGCUUGAGAUUCUUCUCCAUCUUCCUCUACUUGCGGAGGACAAGAAUGUGCCUUAUGUAUUUGUUUCUUCAAAGCAAGCCCUUGGCCGAGCUUGCGGGGUUACCCGGCCCGUCAUUGCUUGUUCUGUGACAAGCAAUGAGGGAAGCCAAUUGAAAUCCCAAAUACAGCAACUCAAGGACGCCAUUGAGAAGCUGUUGAUCUAAAAACAGGAUGAUAGUACUAAAGAAGCAUUUUUCGGUAUGAUGGGCCUCUUGUCUUGAGUUGGUGCUUGGAGGCUUUGACUGUUGAAGAGUUGUGCUAGCAUGAAGAGAGAGCUUUUGGUUUUUCUUUCUCUUCCAGUUGUUGUCAUCUGAUUUCCAUUAUGCAGUGUGAGAAAUAAUAUUUCGGAUUUCUUUAUAUUUUCAGAAAUUUAGAUAAUUGUGCAUUGAACUCA